AUGUCACUGACGACAUCAGCAGCAAGCGCAUUGUUCACUACUCUCAUUCAAAAUUCCGACGAUGGCGACCACCCCCGGCGCUGGGGAGAUCAGACCAAGGAAUCGCGAGAUUUAUACACUCAGUUUGUGAUCAGUUCCGCCUUGGGACUGGGCGCAUUUCUAUCAUUUUGUGUGCUGAGACCGAAAUGGACAGAGCUCUACGCUGCGCGAAGGCGACAGCGUUGUGCUGCUUCCGCCCUUCCGGAGUUACCGGACAGCUUCUUCGGAUGGAUUCCGGUACUCUACCGGAUCACAGAGGACGAGGUCCUGCAGUCCGCUGGGCUGGAUGCGUACGUGUUCCUUUCCUUCUUCAAAUUUGCAAUCCGGCUUUUACUGUACAUCUUCUUCUUCGCCGUGACCGUGAUUCUUCCGCUUCAUUACAAGUACACCGGAAAGUAUGGUGUACCCGACUGGGAUGACUUCCGACCUCCGCGCAAUGAUUCGAUGAACGCAAUCAGUCUCUUUGGCAAAGACAAGGAUAAGGACAAACUGGUGACUGAUCCGGGAUACAUUUGGAUCUAUGUGCUUUUCCCAUAUAUCUUCAGCGGCCUGGCCAUCUACCUCUUGCUUCAAGAAACGAACAAGAUCAUCCGCACGAGACAGUCGUAUCUUGGAAAUCAAACCACAACCACGGAUCGCACUGUGCGACUCUCGGGGAUUCCGUCGGAAUUGAUCAGCGAAGAUAAGAUUAAAGAGUUUGUGGAGGGCCUUCGCGUUGGCAAAGUCGAAUCCGUUACACUCUGUCGGAAAUGGGGCGAGCUUGACCGACUGAUUGAUGAGCGGAUGGACAUUCUUCGCAAGUUGGAGCGUGCCUGGACAAAGCAUCUCGGAUAUAAACGCCCUCGAGGCGACAACAAUACCCUGCCUCUCACACGUCAACCACAGUACACGCGAGCACGGCUAAGCUUAGAAGUCGACGACGAGAAUGCACGGCUACUGGACGGCAUCGACCACGAUCAUGUCCUGGACUAUGGUCAGACGAGACCAAAGACUCGGGUCUGGUAUGGCCCCCUCAAAUUACGUUAUCGACUGGUCGAUGAGAUCGACUAUUACGAAGAAAAACUUCGAAAGAUUGACGAGAAGGUCACACAUGCUCGUACCAAGGUUUUUCCACCAACGGAGAUCGCUUUUGUGACAAUGGAAUCGAUUGCUGCAUCUCAAAUGCUCGCUCAGGCCACGCUGGACCCUCAUCCGAUGCAGAUGUUUGCUCGACUUGCGCCUGCGCCGGCAGAUAUUGUUUGGAAAAAUACCUAUCUCUCACGCUCCCGACGAAUGACUCAGGCGUGGUCAAUUACUAUCAUCAUUGGAUUGUUCACCAUCUUCUGGUCUGUGCUCUUGCUUCCCAUCGCUGGUCUGCUUGAGCUAGACACUCUUCGCAAGUUCAUUCCGGCGCUCGCGCAGACCUUGGCCGAGCAUCCCAUCUUGAAAUCCUUGGUAUCGACUGGUUUGCCUACGCUCGCUUUCUCACUCUUGACGGUGGCGGUUCCCUAUAUUUACGAAUGGUUGUCCAAUAACCAAGGGAUGAUGUCCCGCGGUGACAUUGAGCUUUCUGUCAUCUCCAAGAAUUUCUUCUUCUCAUUCUUCAAUCUAUUCCUCCUCUUCACCGUUUUCGGUACCGCCACGUCGUUUUACAAGUUCUGGGAACACUUGCGAGAUGCAUUCAAGGAUGCUACGACAAUCGCAUUUGCCCUUGCGACCUCAUUGGAAAGCUUCACACAGUUCUAUAUCAAUCUCUUGGUUCUUCAAGGAUUGGGACUAUUUCCCUUCCGGCUGUUGGAGUUUGGAAAUGUCGCUUUGUACCCUCUGCAAUUCUUCAGAGCCAAGACGCCCCGGGAAUACGCCGAGCUGUCAACACCUCCCAAGUUCAGCUACGGCUUUUCCAUUCCGCAGACAAUCCUUGCACUCAUCAUCUGCAUCGUUUACAGUGUUUUUCCGAGUUCCUGGCUCAUCUGUCUGUUCGGUUUGGUUUACUUCUCCAUUGGUCAGUUCAUUUACAAGUAUCAGCUCUUGUAUGCGAUGGACCACCAGCAGCACUCGACCGGUCGCGCAUGGCCGAUGAUCUGCAAUCGCGUGUAUGUCGGACUCGUGGUGUAUCAGCUCGCCAUGAUCGGCGUUCUUGCGCUGCGAGGCGCCAUCACCCGGUCCUUGCUCCUUGUUCCCCUCCUGGGCUUCACGGUGUGGUUCUCGUACUGGUUUGCACGAAGCUACGAACCCCUCAUGAAAUUUAUCGCCUUGAAGAGCAUCAACCGCGAUAAUCCUGGCGGCGGUGACGUUUCUCCAUCCCUCUCAUCUACAUUCUCCCCACCCAUGGGUAUGGAUCGUGACGCCCUCCCAAUUCGCAUCGGAAGUCAAGAGCUUGGGCUGCGGUUGAAGAAAUAUGUCAACCCAAGCCUCAUUCUUCCUCUGUACGAUGCUUGGCUACCUGGUAGUAGUCCCGAUCAAGUUAACGGUGGCUCUCCAGCUGAGCACCCGGACCUUGCGGAUAUUGUCUCCAUUUGA